AUGCUUGCCGUAGCAAACGGGAAGGGCAUGGACCUCAAUCGUUGGGAUGUGAAGCAGGCGUACACGCACGCCACGCUAGACGAGGAGAAUUUUCUGAGGCUCCCCGCUAGACAGUGGGGGUACUACGCGGCUGAUACGCUAGUCGAGAACGGGUUCGAGCAAUGCAAGGCGGACCCGUGUGUUUUCCGCAAGAUGGUAGACGAAGUCGUGGUGAUGAUUAUCGUGAUUUAUGUGGAUGACAUUUUGGUGGCUGGGUCUGACGAGGAUUGCGAGGAGUUGCUUGCUUCUCUCAACAAGAAAUUUCCCACCAAAAACCUUGGAGAGUGUCAAUGGUUUGAUGGGUGUGCCAUCGAGAGAGAUGUAGAGGCUGGGACUCUUAGAAUCUCCCAAACCGCGUAUAUCGACAGCAUGGUUGAACGCUUCGAUGUGAAAUCAACUUCCCGCAUCCCCGCUACCCCUGGUGCCGAUCUAGGGCCGAAGCGAGAGGAUGAGGAAGGAGGGGAGUGGCCGGUGAGGGAGGCCAUCGGCAGCAUGAUGUGGGUGUCGACUUUCUCGCGUCCAGACGUCUCGUUCGCCGUGCGUGCGGUAGCGCGCCACGCCCAUGCCCCGGUGAAGAGUGCCAUCCAGAAGAUCCUCGGCUACUAA